AUGGCUACUGCUGUCAGUGGAUCCGUUUCUUCUACGUUGCCUGCUGGAACAAGCAAGUCAGAAGCAUCUGCCAAUGGCACUGCGAACUCCUCGUCGGUGCUUCCACCUCCCGCCCAAGCUCUGCUCUCAGAACUUCUGGAGUCAUCGAGGAAUCUACCAAACGCGUCGUCAGACGUUGGAUCAAUCCAGCUGGGUUUGAGUGAAAUCCGAAAACGUGCCCAAAAGCUUCGUGAACAUUAUGUGGACGACAAUGACACUAAAGCCCACUAUCUUCUAGCAGGAAGUGGUGUCAAUGCCGAAGAUAUCGCUAGCGAAUUGCAGUCAAUUGUCUUCCACCAGAACCUCGAGACUACGACCUUCACGGCUAAUGAACCUGAUUUGGAUUACUAUCUGAGAGCCAAGAAGGAGGAGAAUAUCCUUGCUUCUAUCGAAGAGUCCGUGAGAUCUGCUGGUAGAGAAUUCGAUUUAUACUUGGCUGGUAACGUUACAUUAGACUGGGAGACCAGAAAACGCCAAAUUUGCAGCCAUUUUGGAUUGGUUGCCAAGUCUUCUGGAGGUGCAGCUGGCGCGAGUGGCUCGGUUUCUGGCAAUUCGACCAGAAACUUGAGACAAAGCAGUCUUAGAAGAUCAAGUGGAAUUGGUGCCUCUUCAACUACACCUAAGAAAGCCGCGACAAAUGGUUCAAUUGCUCACUCAUGGGGAAGAGCCACUCUGGGACGGUUGGUGCUUGGUCCAAGCGGUGGUAAUGAUGCCGAUGGAGAAUUUACUGAUGUUGAUUUCAUUCAGUGGAGAAGAACUGGUAAUGCUGCUGAUUAUGCUGAAGGCAAUGUUGGUGAGUACGAUUCUGAGACCAGCUCUUUAGCCAACUCAUCGUCAGUCAAUUCUGCGACCAAACGUUAUGCUCAUGUGGUGACGCAAUUGAAUGAAGCUCGACUUGACAACCGUCCUUUUGCAAUUGCAUCUGCUUUUAGCAGCGUUAUUCAAAACUCCGCAGCAGACACAAAAUCUCAACAAAUGCAUGAUGCAUGGAAAAUUCUUGGAUACAUUUCUGGAGAGCAGGAUUCUGUCAGCAGACGAACAACGCCCAUUACUAUCCGAAAAUACGCCAGGGCUCAUAUCGACAGUGACAAGAUUAAUUCUACUGAUGCUGUUGAACUUAGAAGACGCAUUGUGUCAGGGUCACGUCGAUACUUGGAAGAGCAAUUCUACGAGCUCAUCGAGUCGGAGAUUCUCAAAUAUCCCCAAGAUGCACAACUUGGAGGUGUUCCAUCAGUUUACAACAAAAUCAAAGCAUAUCUCAAUCUCAAGUUUUUGAAGGGUGGUAAGUGGACGAAAUCGAAUUUGGAAAUUGUUAAUAAUAUUCCUAUUUGGGCUCUAUUAUACUACAUGAUUCGUACAGGCCAUCUCAAAGAUGCUCUGGAAUUCACUUUACAGAUUGAAAAGUCACUCAGAAAAAUAGAAAGAUCGUUCCCUGUGUAUCUCAAAGCAUUUGUAGCCGAUCCAGACCACCGACUGCCGAGAGAUUUGCAGGAAAGAUUGCAUACAGAAUUCAACCAGCAUAUCCGUUUCCUUGAUGAAGACUCGGAUCCUUAUAAAUAUGCCUUGUACAAGAUAAUUGGUCGAUGCGAGCUUUCGAGAAAGUCGUUCCCAGAAGUGUUACAGACCACCGAAGACUGGCUGUGGAUUCAUUUCAUGCUCACCAGGGAAGGAGAUGGUCUGUCAAGUAUGCGUAAUCCUAGUCUUGAGCGAUACAGUUUGCUUGAUCUUCAGCGAGUUGUUGUUCAGUUUGGUGCUAAACACUUUAAUCCGAAUAAAAAGACACCUGGAUUGUAUUUCCAAGUUCUUCUCUUAUCUGGAUUGUUUGAAUGGGCUGUGCAGUAUGCUUAUUCAUUUAGUCAAGUAGAUGCAGUACACUUUGCCAUUGCUCUUACAUACUAUGGUCUAUUGAACCCAGUGACUGACGUUGAGAAAUACAGCUCGGAACUGCUAAUUCUCGACAACAAGGAGACACCUCAGCUUAAUUUUGUUCGUCUUAUUGGUUAUUAUACAAGAGAUUUCCGAAGGUCGGAUCCUAGCGAGGCCGUCGACUAUCUUAUUCUUAUAUGUCUUAAUGGCGAUAUCACCACAGGAGGUAGAGGCAAGCAACAUCUUCGUUUGGCUCAUGAAGCACUCAAAGAGCUUGUGCUUGAAACUAGAGAAUUCUCGCGACUUCUUGGAGAUAUUCGUGCUGAUGGUACUCGUCAGCCAGGAGCUAUUGAACAGAAGAUGGCACUUAUUAACAUCAGUGAUCCAUCCGAGUUUCUUCACUCGAUUACUGAACAAGCAGCUAUCAAGGCCAGUGAAUAUGGCCGUACUGCUGAUUCGAUUCUCCUGUAUCAAUUGUCAGAAGAAUAUGACACAGUUGUAUCGAUCAUUAUUAAAUCUCUUGGAGAGUUUCUUUCAGUGGUUGAGAUUGGUCGUCCUAUGACAUCGCUGCCAUCAGGAGUUCCUCUCAUGCUUUCAGCUACCGAUGAUCCAGCACAACUGGCACGGAGUAUGAUGCAAGUAUAUUCAGCCAACCCGGCUAUUCUAUCAAAAGUGUCACAACGCAAUAGAGAAACAUGUAACGUUCUUCUCCAAAUUGUUGCUGCUCGUGAUCUGUUUGCUGCUGGUCAAUGGAAAGACUGUCUUCAAGAAGUCGACAAUACUGGCAUUUUGACAUUGUCACCACAGGCCGAUAUUGCAGUUGUUCGACGACGAGCUCAACAGUUUGUUGGUCUGCACGAGUCCAUUGCACGAAACGUGCCAUCGCUUCUCGUCAUGGUGAUGCAAUGUCUUGUAAAUGAGAGUCAGGCACUCAAUGACAGCGCAUACAGCAACUCAGGUCGUGCUAACAACAUUGCUGAACUAAGGAUCAGAGCACGAAACUGUAUGACCUACGCUGGUAUGAUCCAGUACCGCAUGCCUCGCGAAGUAUAUAGUCAACUUACCAGCCUCGAAAUCUUGGUAUAA